GCUUUCUCUCUCUCUGUCAGUCUCAGUCUCAGUCUCAGUCUCCUCUUCUCUCUCAGUCAAGUCUUCUUCUUUACACUGUGCAGUCUUUCCGAUUGUCUCGCCGCCGCUUCCUCUUCCGCCUCCGCCUCCGCCGCCGGUCGUCUCCUCCGCCUUGCUCCAUCCUCAGUUCUAACUGAAUAUGUAAUCCAGCUAGGGUUUGCGUACAAAGAUGAAUUCCAGGAGAGGGAGCUGGAGUUCUUCUACUUCUGGUAACUAUAGUCAUCCAUCUUCCAAGGGUAAAGAGACAUCAGAGGUCGAGCAAUUGAGUCGGGGAGUGGGAGAAGUUCGAUUGGAUUCUGCACCAGAUGAUAGUGGUGAAUGGGAAGUAUAUGCUAGGAAGUCGAAAAACAAAGCUGGAAGCAGCUCCAGGAAACCCUGGUCUCAUCAGAAUUCUAACUCUGUAGCAUGGGGGCAGCAAGAUGUAGUUCAGAAGCCGGAUGUGGGGACUAAUAGUGGAUCGCGAAGGGGGGCUGGCAACAAUUCCUGGUUCCCACAAACUGCUGAUUCCAGGAGACCAGCUGGUAGAGGAAGCAUGAGGUCUCCACAACCUGUGGCGCCACAGCCUAUUGUUAGUGCACCUCUUGAGCAUGGAUGGAAUUGGCAAGGCAGAGCUGGUUCGGCGCAGGCUAGGUUUCAAGAGGAUGAUCAAUUUAAUGAUUACUCGUCCUCAACUUAUGCUGCUGGUGAGGACGGUGAGGCAGACAAGGAUCGUGAUGCUGACGAUGAUGACGUGGAUGACGAUGACUCUGAUCGGAUGUUUGAUGAUUCUGAUGAUGAUUUGAUGAGUGAUGAAUUUGAUUCCGAUGCAAGUCAAAAGAGCCAUGGAACGAGGAAGAACAAUAGGUGGUUCAAGAGGUUUUUUGAGAUAUUGGAUUCAUUGACUGUUGAGGACAUAAAUGAACCUGGAAGGCAGUGGCAUUGUCCGGCAUGUCGUGGGGGUCCUGGUGCUAUAGACUGGUAUCGAGGUCUGCAGCCUCUGAUGGCACAUGCAAAGACGAUUGGAGCGAAAAGGGUUAAGCUGCACCGGGAGCUUGCGGAACUCUUGGAUGAGGAGUUGAUGAGGAGAGGCACGUCAGUGGUCCCUGCUGGCGAAGUAUUUGGUAAGUGGAAGGGGUUGAAGGUUGAGGAAAAAGAUCAUGAAAUAGUGUGGCCUCCAAUGGUUGUCAUAAUGAACACAAUCCUGGAAAAGGAUGAAAAUGACAAGUGGAUCGGUAUGGGAAACCAGGAACUCCUGGACUACUUCAACUCAUACCAAGCUAUAAAAGCUCGCCAUGCUUACGGUCCUCAGGGUCAUCGUGGCAUGAGCAUUCUCAUCUUUGAGAGCUCUCCGAGGGGCUUUUUCGAGGCUGACCGUCUGCACAAGCUCUUUAGAGACCAAGGAACGGACAGAAAUGCUUGGGAUCGCCGAGGUCCCUUAUUUCAUCCUGGGGGAAAACGUCAGCUUUAUGGAUAUCUGGCAAAAAAAGAGGAUUUGGACAUUUUCAACAGGCAUUCACAAGCUAAAUCUAAGCUGAAAUUUGAGAUGAGAUCAUACAUAAAGACGAUAGUCCAAGAAGUUAAUCAGAUGACAGAGGACAACCAGCAGCUCAACUGGUUUAAGAACAAGGUUGAUAGGGAGCGUAUGCACUCAAGAGAACUAGAGAAAUCAUUUGUCCUUGUGAGUGCAAAGCUGCGGAAGACCUUGGCGGAGAACCGUAUUGUCAGACACAGAACAAUGGUGCAACAUGAACAGAACAAGGAGGAAAUGGAUUAUCAGGAGCAGUUCUUCAAAGAGCAAAUGAAGAUCGUCCAUGAUGAAAUAAAUGUGAAGGAAGAGGAAUUUGAGAGGGAACAGCAGGAGAAGAGGGAGCGAGUGAUGCAAUCAAAUGCUAAUCCUCUAAGUGCCGAAGAGAAGAAGAGGGGGGUGGAUCAACUUGCUGAGUUCAUACAGCUCCAAGAAAAGGAAAUGGAGGAAUUCGUGGCGAGAAGGGAGAUGCUGGAGAAAGAGCAUGAACAGAAGCUGGUGGCGAUGAAGAAGAGGCAUUGGGAUGAGGAAGUGGAGUUGGAGAAGGAGUUCAAGACCCAACUCACUCAACUGAUGGAAUCAUUCUCUCUUACUGGAGAGUAGACGAGGCCUUCGACCUUCCUAAUGUGUUAGUUAGUUGGGCCAGACUUGCAGUUUAUCUAAGACUUGUGCGGCGUUUAGGUUCAUGUUUUUGGGACCGAUGACUUUUUACGUUGCGUGUCGCCAAAAUCAAAAAAAGGAGUUUUAUAAAAUCUUCUGCUUUUAUCCUAGAAGUGAUGUUUUCAACAAUUUACCAACUGCUUUCGAAGUCUUAUCAGAAGGCAAUGUAUUGGAUGUUUAAGGCCAAUAGAGACCAGGAUCGUCAAUUAGGAAAGACGUGCUUUGAGUUUUGUGAAUGCGGGAGGAUUCAAUGCCGUGUUCUGCAAAUACAAAUUCUCAGAAACAUAUAUAGUUUUA